GGGUUACCUGGAGAACGCAAAAGUAUAAGUCAGGUGCCUUAGUGUAAACGCCACUCCAACAUUUUGAAGUGGUAUACUGCGCGGCUAUCAGUCGAUCCAUCGUCUUGGCGGGGUAUGCGUUAUACAAAAGUCUUGGUUGUCCUUCGUUCAGAUUGAGUAGUACUUUCACUAUCCAGCCGCUUUGGUCAACAUUGAACGACAAUAUCUCAGCCCAACAUGGAGUCUUCACGAUCAGGUGUUGCAUCACCUAAUGAAAAGCUACCGAUCACCACAUUCGAUUCAACAGCUCAAGAGAAGAAUAGGGUAGCAGCCAGGGGACAUGAAAGCAGGUCUUUGAAGAUCGCAAUCCAAUACCUAGCAGUAGUAAUAUUACUGAACAUAUUUCUUUACAAUACGGUUCGAUACUCUUCGGUGGAGACUACGAAAUUCGGUGGUUGCUCUCAUGAGAACGGUCCUUUAGGUUCCUCGGAAUAUAAGAAUGAUAUAGGCAAGUUCUCAUCAGAGUUAAAGUCUGGAGACAGGAGCCAUGAAAAAGAUCGCCCGUCAGCAUGGUUGCUUGAAGCAGCAGGCGCUUACACUACAAAGACAUCUGUGUCAUUCAGCGAUGUCACCGAUAUCUGCGCCAAUUACUCUGGAGACUACUCCUCAUUACAUUGUACAACAAACACUAUUGCGUCUAUACUACUUCUCAGCAACUCUAUAGUUUCUCUCCGAUCAGAACUUAUCAAUUUUACCACUCCGCAUCUUUUCAAUGGACGACCGCUGGAUCCCAACUUUGAUCCACCAGCUCUACUGGACAUGAUGUACCCUAACCCUCCAGAAUUUCCGAGAACUGUACCAUAUCAUAUUACCCAUACUAUCGGUUCUUCUGUUCAACACGUAGGAUACUAUUGUCCCCUCUCAUCCCCAUGCACCAACCCAUUAUUCAGCAUCUCAACCCAUGAAGACAUUCCCAUGCUCUUCACGUUCUCCCAUUCUAUCCUCGGUACCCACACAAAUUCUCUCAAAUUUAGUUUCGGAACUGCGACAGGCUAUCACUUUUCUACCAAUGGUUUCGCGAAUGGUGGUUUUGAUAUACUGCUUGAAAAAGCAGAGUCUCCUAUGCUUGACCCCAAAAGCGAUUACUCUCAGAUGAAACAGGAAGUACAUUGUCUUCUCAGUGAUGGACUGAAACUACCCGGUCUCUUCUUCAAUAUCCACAGUCCUGGCUUUAGGGAGAAAGGCCUUCAUGGGGAAAUAAGUCCCUGGACCCGCAAUGAGAGAAGUGAGAUAGAGCGAAUGGAGACGAUUCUGACGCCGGGACAAAAUAUGGCUACUUGUGCUGCGGUUAUAGCAACGCGGCAUUCUAAGAAAUUGGAAUUAUGGCUUUUGGGGGGUUCUUUUUUGGGAUUGGCUCUCUCAGGAGUAGUUGUGUCGCUUUUUGCUCGUUGGCUCGAGAACAGACAGGGAAUGAUUAAAUUAUGAUCGAGGAAUAGAGUCGACGGCGUUUGGUAGAUCAAGGUCUUGGAAAAUUAAAAUUUGAGGGAGAGGGGGGUAAUCCACAGGGACCCGGUAUAGAAUAGACAUGGGGAUAUCAUGAUGUUAUGCCCGAGUCGGAGUUUGAUUUGAUUAAGUAGAUACCAAGUCAAUAUAUGUUUAUA